CUCGCACUCGCUCUCUCUCGCCAUCCCACCAUGGCGGAAUUCACAGACAUCCGCCGGCUCCACCGACGCGUGGACGAGCACCAGGAAGAGGAAGAAGAAGAAGGAGAAGAAACCCCAGAUUUCUCCCUUCCGUUUACAUUCAAUGGAUACGAUGACGCGAUCCAUCCCUCUGGAACCGACGAGCAUGGUUCUCUCGGUGGGCCCGUUCAAGAGCUCGAUGAAUCCUUAACCCCCGCUCCCUCCAGUGGCCGUGGCUACCCCAUGGAGGACACAGAGCAGAGGUACCUCGAACAGGUAGACCUUGUUCUCGAUCUAUUUGAUCAUUUCUCGAAUGCCCAAUUGAACUCCCCCGAGAAUUCCUCGAUGGACGGCCGAUCCGCCGUCGAUUUUGGUGGCCAUGAGGGGGAAGACGAAUUGGGUUCCGAUUAUCUUGGGCUGGGAUUCGGAUUUAGGUUGGGAUUGAUGUUCGGCUUCGAUACCGGGGAUUGGAGGCACUUCUCUGAGCAGGAAUAUCAAGGGCGGGAAUAUCAAGAAAAUGAAGCUUUGGGUGUUGUUUGCGAUGACGAACAUUGUCACGAUCAUUCUAUUGAUGAUGAUUCCAUUGUGGAUGAAGGACUGGGGGACCUCCACCCAAUAGAAUUUACUACGUCUAUGCAGAGUUUCUCCGCCGGUGGUUCUGUGAUCGAAUGUGGUGACCAAUCGGUUGUGCUUGGUGUUGAAACACGUGCUGUCGGAGCCAUAUCAUCGAUCUUUGGCGUUGAGGCUUCGGAUGUGGUCGCUGUUGAUGGCGUCUGUGAGAAUGGUGAUUUUCAUGGACCCGUUGAUGGUUUUGGGGUCGUGGGACUAGAAACCGAGUCGGAUGAAGAAGAGGAUGUGGAUCUAUAUGACGGCGCUUGUCGAGUUCCUGGGUUGGGUGCUAGUUCGGAUGUCGAUAAUCGAUCUGAAUCAGAUGCCUUGAGUACUGAUUUGGGCAUUCCCCUAUGUUGGGAUUGCCUCCAUUUGGAUGACAGAAGAGACUCGAAUGAGGACUUUGAAUGGGAAGAAGUAAAUGGUGGCAUUGAUGAGAGCGAAGUUCUAAGCCAGGCUGAUUCUGUAUAUGUAGAAAGGAUGGUUGUCGAUACAGUAGAAGACAGAAUGGUGCCUUCUGAAAUGUGGGAGUUGCAUGAACCGAAUAUUGUUGAGACUACGAACGUCGAAGUUCACUCUGAAAUGGGUGCAGGCGAUGUCGAAGAUGCUGCCGAAGCUAUGGAGAAUCUAGAUUGGGCCGUCCUUCUCACAGUCAAUAAUUUGGAUACAAAUCAUCCCGAUCAUGAAGAACAGAAUGGAGAAUUUUAUGCAGGUGAUCCUGAUGAUUUUGUGUACACUGCAGAAUAUGAGAUAUUACUAGGGCAGUUUGUAGACACUGAUAGUCUGCCAAAAGGAGUUCCACCAGCUUCCAAGGCAUUUGUGGAUAGUCUGCCUUCUGUCCUUCUAACACAGGAAGAUUUAGAUAGCUCAAGAAACCUUUGUGCUGUUUGUAAGGAUGAUAUCUCGAAGGAUGAACUGGUGAAGCGUCUCCCAUGCUCCCAUUUUUAUCAUGAUGACUGCAUUUUACCAUGGCUAAACCUUAGGAACACUUGUCCUGUCUGCCGAUAUCAAUUACCAACAGAUGAUCCUGAAUAUGAGCGUUGGAGGACUCAAACUAGGCUGUAGGUUUCACGGUUUCACCUGAGUUCUAUUGCCAGGUAUACACUCAGUAAAACUGAGACUGGUCUUCUAUGUAGAUACACUUUCUUCAAUGAUGAUGUCAAAUUUUGCUC